AUGACUCGCUUCUAUCCAUUUGUUAUUUUGUCUGAUUCUGACCCUUCAAAUCAACGACGUUUGGUCAUUAUCAAUCCACUGAAUGCCUUUCUACCUCUUGCAGAGGGUUAUAAAUCCGUAGAAGGUUCGGUCAUCAUUAAAAAUCGUUUUCAAAAUCCAUCGUUGGAAAAAUCGGAAAAAUCGGAAAGAUCAAAUUAG